CAUGCAGGCCUUCAUUCUCAAUGAGACCAAAGACAGAGGGAGACCGAGAGUGAGGCAAGGAGAAAGGAGAUCAUGCUCCUCCAGAGGAAACACAACUGAGAGACCAACCUGGGUCCUACCUGCACCUCCUGGACCGCUGACUGUGCUAACCACUAACAAAAAUUGAUAGCUCUUUAGCUUUUUUGGUGGUAAAGAGAGGAACAACUAUGGGACCUGGAGAGUGGAGCCUAUUUAUCCUGUUUGGUCUGUCCCUCUGGAGCAGCAGCGAGGGCCUCACCAAGCAUCCCAUUCUUUCCCGGAUACGAAGGGCUCCAGCGGACACUGGAGACGCCAAGAAAUGUUCCUAUACCUUCCUGGUCCCUGAGCAGAAGAUCACGGGCCCCAUUUGUGCCGCCCGGGGUUACUCCACCGACAAGGACCGGGUGACGCGCCUGGAUGUGGCCGCGGUGCGCGACUUGUUGUCAAAGCAGCGCCGGGAGAUGGAGACCCUGAAGCUGGUGGUGGACGUGGACGGCAACAUGGUGAACGAGAUGAAGCUGUUGAGGAAAGAGAGCAGGAACAUGAACUCCAGGGUGACCCAGCUGUACAUGCAGCUGCUGCACGAAAUCAUCAGGAAGAGGGACAACUCCCUGGAGCUGGCGCAGCUAGAGACGCGCAUCCUCAACGCCACCGCCGAGUCACUGCGUCUGGCCUCCCGCUACCGGGAACUGGAGGCCCGAUUUGCGGCUCUGUCCGCGCUGGUGAACAACCAGUCGGUGCUGAUCGGAGAACUGGAAGAACGUUGCAUGCAGGUGUACAACCGCAGGCAUGAACCGCUGCCCAUGGGACCCCCGCUGGUGCAGGUGGUGCCUGAGAAUAUUCCUGUCAAUGUACCGCGUUUCACCAAUGAGAUCCAGAGGGACCACACCAGAGCUUUUGCCCGGGAAAGGGGUUCACGCUCUGGGCCUUCUCCUACUGGCAGCACCCUGGAGCUCCAGAAACCUUCUCCAAAAAACUUCAGCGCUGAAGGACCAUACCGAGACUGUCUCGAGGCUCAAGAAGCCGGCCACAGCACCAGCGGCAUGUACCUGAUUAGACCAGAUGAUUCUGAAAGGCCCAUGCAGGUCUGGUGUGAACAGGGAAUAGACAACGGAGGCUGGACUGUUAUCCAGAGCAGGAGAGACGGAUCAGUUAACUUCUUCAGGAACUGGGAUAGCUACAAGAGUGGCUUUGGCAACAUAGACGGGGAAUACUGGCUCGGUCUGGAAGGUAUAUACAACCUGGGAAAGCAGGGUGACUACAAGCUGCUGAUAGAGCUGGAAGACUGGAUGGGCAAGAAGGUGUAUGCUCAGUACAGCAGCUUCCAUCUGGAACCUGAGAGCGAGGGCUACCGCCUGAGGCUUGGCACUUACCAAGGCAAUGCCGGGGACUCCCUCAGCAGCCACAACGGCAAACAGUUCACAACCCUGGACCGUGACAAGGACGCCUUCUCAGGUAACUGUGCCCACUUCCACAAAGGAGGCUGGUGGUACAAUGCAUGCGGUCAAGCCAAUCUGAACGGUGUCUGGUACACUGGAGGGGUCUACCGCAGCAAGUUCCAGGAUGGGAUCUUCUGGGCUGACUACGGUGGAGGCUUUUACUCCAUGAAGUCUGUCCGCAUAAUGAUCAGGCCUAUAGAUUGAGGUGAUGUUGUAGGCCAGGCUAGUGCAGGGGCAGCUAUGAAAGAGAGGGCAUACUGGGACCUUAUUCUAAAUUGUGAUUAUACAAGUCAAUAGUAAUUGGAUAAAAGGAGGUCAUACUCCAUAACCCCAGAAAAUAAGUUGACAUAGUUCUCAAUUACACCAAUGGAAACAAUCAAUAGUGACUGGAACUGCCUCCUGUAACAGACAUGAACUCAAUAUGAACGUUGUGUUCUUUAUGUUAUAAUAGAUAAAGAGGGAAUUAGGUGACAUGAUUAUUUAAAAGCCAUAUUCCUCCUUUAAGCACCAUAUGUGGAUAUUUGUGAUGGUCAAGGGGAAGAAACUGCCUGUGCAGUUUAGCAAACGUAAGGUGUACUGCGCAGCAACAUAAUGUAAGCUAUCUGCUUGAUUAAGAAACAGCAGUGUUUUCCUCAUUACUAGGCCAUUACCCAGGUAGACUUCCACAUCUUAAGUGAAUUUCAUUAGUAUUGAUUUCAGUCAUAAGCUUUAAUAUCGCAGGGUCUAAAUGCAGGUCUUCCUACCUCGCCAAGAAAAACAUCUGGGGGAAAUGCUCAUACAUGGUGUUUAAGUUGUGCUAUAGUUGCUGUGAGCUGGAAAGAGAUUUUGCUGGUAUGUAUUUAGAGUUACACAACUCUGUAUCCAUUACCACUCACUAUUAAGACCUAAAAUUACCAGUCCAACAACUUGUUGAGUUGGAGAAAAUAAUGUAUUCUAAAAAGGUUUUAUGUGCAACACUGUUCACUUGAGUGUACAAAAACGGAUACCUAUUUUAUGUCUUCUCCCUAUAUUUACAACGACUUUUUACUGUAAUUUGAACUACUUUGUCCUGAUGCAGAUGGCCGGAAACGAUGAAUAAUUUAUGUGUACAAUUAACUAUCAUAACAGUGCAACGGACCAGGCGUCCUGAGGAAACAGUAAAUGAUCCUAUAGAAACAAGAGAGAGCUCAUUUUCUCCACUUAUGACAAUCAUUUUCAAAGUGUGCUUGCAAGGCUGAUAAGGUAUGUAAAUUGCUGUUAUAUGUUUUUCUCAUUUUGCUGUUGAUUACAUUUCAGUAUGAGCCAGGGAAAAACAAGCAUUGUUGAGAAAAAAAGAUGGAAUUACGUUUUGUUUUGAGUGGUUUUGGAGCAUGAAAAAUAUGCAGACCAAGCGGGUUGAGAGUUAUAGGCACUGGGACAGACAACGAGAAACACAUUGCUGAAAGCCGGUCUGGAUGGAGAAGAGGGGAGAGAGCGAGUGAGGGGGAAAGGAAAAGAAAAGAGAGAAGAGCGGAGGGGACGAACAGGGAUGGACUGUGUCCAAAUUUCCAUGUUUUUUUUCCCCUUUCCUUUCAAAUACAGAGAAAUUUACAUUCUUUCCACACAAAAGUGCUUGAACAAAUAUCUUUCAUUGAAAAAGUCAUGGCUCCCUGCAGUCUGUAAUCACUGGUAGGGCAGGAAGGCUCCAUCCCGGGGGAAACCAUCCCAGAGGAGGGGGUCAGACCAACUGGUGGGACGAGUCUGAACAACAGCAUUGCAUCCACAGCACACAUGAAAGGCAAAAAUCCUUAGGUCUCAUUGCUGAAAAUAGAACCUCAUAUUGAACUGUUUUCCUUAUUGACCACAAUGGCCAUCACGCCCAACUAUUUAACAAACUUUUACAAAGCAAUCAACUAACCAGGGACACUGGUCAAACCCAGUUGGGCACUUUGAACAUUUCUAAAAGGAAUAUGUUUAUAGACAUGCAGAAAAGAACAGUACCUAAUAAAAGUGGCAUUGUGAAGUUAAAAUUAAAUAGCAACAAAGGCCAAAAUAGAUGACUCAGUACUUUGUAUUAGUAUUGCAAAACAGAAUUACACAACUGCAGUAAAUAAUUGCUUAAGGGGACAUUGUUGUUUUUAGGGUUUCAAAAGAACUCCUUUCAUCUGUUAUGGUGAUUUAUGCUGUUAUCCAGAGCACUAUCUGUGCAUCAGCCGUUCAUUUCCAGCCACUGCUGAGAUUACAUACACAGCAAAUUCAGAGCUUUACUUGUGAGUCAUCUAGAUAAAAUGAAGUUGACUCAGUUUAUGUGAGUCUUUAUGAAAGCUGAUGUGAAACAGUGUUUUCCCAUUGAAGUCUAGAGACUCAUUCUUUGUUGCAACUCACUCAUAUUUACACGGGAUGGUAACAGGGUCUCUCCCAAAUGUGUGUGGCUGUGUGUGCUCCUAUUUGCCUGUGAGUGUUUGAGUGAGAAAUUUUUGGUGGAGAGAGACGAGCACACCACAAAGACAAAUCACUACAAAUGGUAAUACUUUUCAGUGGAUGACUGGACAAGGACAAAUCAUCAAUCCAAGUCUGGCUCACAACUUGAGUCACAUAGCUUUCCCCUUAGUCUCUCUCUGCCUUUGUUCUAUCCAGUUGUCAUAUCAUAGUGAACUGCGGUUUUCUAAAAUAUAUGCCAUUC